AUGAAGGAUGCCGAAGAGGACACUGUGGGUUCCCAAGGUCCAGAAGGAGCAAAUGGGGAAGAGGAGGAAGACAACCAGAAAAAGCGACAGGCAGUUCUCUUCAUUAAAGACAUGUUCCAUUCACACCAAAGCCAAUCUCUCGUUUUUGUUCAUUUCAGGCGGGCGAAGCUGAGGCUCUAUUUAGAGGAGUUAAAGCAGCUGGUUCCUUUAGGCGCCGAGAGCACCCGGCACACCACCCUCAGCCUCCUGAAAAGGGCCAAGACACACAUUAAGAAGUUGGAAGAACAGGACCGGAAAGCUCUGAACAUCAAGGAACAACUGCAGCGAGAACAUCGGUACCUGAAGCGCAGGUUGGAGCAGCUCUCCGUGCAGGGCCUGGAGCGAGUCCGCACGGACAGCCUCGGAUCAACGAUAUCGACCGAUUCGGAGCAAGAGGUGGACAUUGAGGGGCUGGAAUUCACCCCGGCCGAAAUGGACAGCAGCGGAAGCGCCAGCGAGGCAGAAGACAGCUUGCAAGGCAGCUCGAGCGACAGCGGCUACGCCCGGCCCCACAGACGCAGCCACGCCCGGCUCCUGUAGUCUCUGCUGCUCAGGUCUCCUCCCGGAAGCCUUCCCUCCUCCUCCGCGGCCCUCGACCUGCCACCCUUCCGAAAGCGGCCCUGGGGAAGAGGCCUCCAACCCCCCCCCCCCCGGGGCUCCCCAGGCUACGGAUAAUACCGCAGUAGAAAUCAUGGGUUUGGGAUUUUCCCCUGCAGAUUAGAUAACGUUUUGGGUGAAAGUUCCUUCCCAUGCCCACUCCACAAGCCCCUGCUCAUUGGGAGGGGGGCUUGGUUGAAGUUUAGAAGUUCCGCUUUUGAAUAAAUGACUUGGACCCAUUGAGAUAAAUCGUUCUAGACGUUAAAAUACGAAGGGACACGGCAGGGAACUAACAAAUUGGUAUAAGGCAUAAGAAUGUGGCUUGGCCAACGACCGGGUACCAGGCGUCCCUCCCGGCAGACCUUGGCGGAUGCAACUGAUUCAAAACUGCAAAAAAUCCCCUUUUCUCGUGCGCGUCCUGCCUCCUUCGCAGCUUCCUUGGGUUCUUUGGAAAGGUGAAGCUUCUAAAGUUUGAUUGCCAUUUUCUAAAAAAGAUAGUUUGCAAAGGCUGCUUCUGCUGCGGUGGCUCCUCUGGGCCGUUUGGAGGCAGGGAGGAUGUGGCGUUGAUUGGCUAAAAAGGGUGCGUGGGGGUUCUUUAAAAGGAGGAGGAGGAGGGAAGCUGUUAAUCAGGCAGUGACCCCCCCAGCU